AUGAGUGUGUCCCUCCAGAUCACUUCCCAAGCUCCCACCCACCCACCAAUGACCGCUGCAGCCCUCCAGCAUUUCACCAUCAACUUCACCGCCACCAACCUUCCCUACAGUUCCGAUCUGGUGACUCCCAACUCGGCAAAGUUCAACGCCACACGGAGAGUCAUGGUCACCUUGCUUGACCGCCUUCUGAAGGAAAGCAGCAUUGGCCCCGCUUUCCUCGGGUGUGAAACCACAGCCUUCAGGCCCGUGAGGCAAGGGGACAACACGGGGGUGGACGCCGUCUGCACCUACAGGAAGGAGCCCUCCGCCCCGCCCUUGGACAGGGUGGGCCUUUACCGCGAAGUGACCAACAGGACCAGGGGCACCACGCAGCUGGGCCCUUACCGCCUGGACAGGGACAGCCUCUACGUCAACGGUUACAACGAACAGACAGUCCUGACCGCUCCCACCCACCCACCAACGACCGCUGCAGCCCUCCAGCAUUUCACCAUCAACUUCACCGCCACCAACCUUCCCUACAGUUCCGAUCUGGCGACUCCCAACUCGGCAAAGUUCAACGCCACACGGAGAGUCAUGGUCACCUUGCUUGACCGCCUUCUGAAGGAAAGCAGCAUUGGCCCCGCUUUCCUCGGGUGUGAAACCACAGCCUUCAGGCCCGUGAGGCAAGGGGACAACACGGGGGUGGACGCCGUCUGCACCUACAGGAAGGAGCCCUCCGCCCCGCCCUUGGACAGGGUGGGCCUUUACCGCGAAGUGACCAACAGGACCAGGGGCACCACGCAGCUGGGCCCUUACCGCCUGGACAGGGACAGCCUCUACGUCAACGGCUACAACGAACAGACAGUCCUGACCACUCCCACCCACCCACCAACGACCGCUGCAGCCCUCCAGCAUUUCACCAUCAACUUCACCGCCACCAACCUUCCCUACAUUUCCGAUCUGGCGACUCCCAACUCGGCAAAGUUCAACGCCACACGGAGAGUCAUGGUCACCUUGCUUGACCGCCUUCUGAAGGAAAGCAGCAUUGGCCCCGCUUUCCUCGGGUGUGAAACCACAGCCUUCAGGCCCGUGAGGCAAGGGGACAACACGGGGGUGGACGCCGUCUGCACCUACAGGAAGGAGCCCUCCGCCCCGCCCUUGGACAGGGUGGGCCUUUACCGCGAAGUGACCAACAGGACCAGGGGCACCACGCAGCUGGGCCCUUACCGCCUGGACAGGGACAGCCUCUACGUCAACGGUUACAACGAACAGACAGCCCUGACCGCUUGA